UUUUGUUAAAGAUAGUUAGGCAUUACAUUAGAAAAACUGAACGUUGUAUGUAUCCAGAUGGUUACAUUUUGAAAGCUGUUAAGAAAGUUGUUGCUGAGAAACAAAAAGUAUGUGAUGUUUCCAAAGCAACCUCCAUCCCAAAAAGAUCUAUACUGAGAUAUGUCAAAAAUUUCUUGGCUGCUGGAAUUCAAGAUGAAGCUGAAGCAACUACAAGCAUUGGGGGUUACCAAAAACCUCGUAAGGUUUUCAGCAGCGAACAAGAAAGCAAUCUUAGCAGUUACGUCAAAAGGGCCAGUGACAUUUAUCAUGGAAUCACUACCACAGACAUGAGAAGAUUGGCUUAUCAGUACGCUACCCAAGAAAAAUGUAUUGUCCCUCUUUCUUGGUCGGUCAAGAAGGAAGCUGGAAGAGACUGGCUAUCUGGUUUCAUGCGAAGACAUCAAGACUAGCCCGGCCACUCUAAACCCAGACGUGAUGUUUGCUGGUGUUGUUGCAAGCGGGAAGGCUAAUCCAACCAGCUCUGCGAUGUUGUGUAUGCUCAUAGGUUUUCCUGGAUGGUCCUUCAUCCAUGAACUGCAAUACGAAUUGUAGUAUCUUUUAAAUGGACCCAGUGGCCGGGCUAGUCCCAUUUAAUUUACCCAGACCCUCUUCCAGUGCUCAAAAUUUACCCAGACCCUCUUCCAGUGCUCAAAAUGGAUUAACUGAUUCUUGUUUCUGUAUUAUGUGUCAAGAGAGUUUCUCUGAAAGCAGGCCCGGUGAAAAAUGGGUGCAAUGUGUGAAAUGUUUGUUGUGGGCCCACGAAAACUGUGUGACCAAGAGUAAGCGGUUUUUAUGUUUCGAUUGUUCUUAGUUUUGUUGAUGAAUGGCCAAUUUAAUUUGUGAUUUUCAAUUUACUGAUGUAUCGUUAACAUUUCCACAAAGAAUAUACUUUUGAAUCUUAA